AUGCCAUCACAAGUUUCUGCCCCAGUAUUCUAUGAACAUCCAGUGGGUCUCGAGGAUGAGCUGGAAACUAUUAUUGAUAGACUUGUGAGAGGAACAAUGCAGUUGGAUAUUGUUCCCGUGGUCGGUAUGCCUGGGUUAGGUAAGACAACGUUAGCCAAUUCAGUUUACUGUCAUCGAUCAGUUGAUUCCCACUUUCAUAUUCGUGCUUGGUGUUGUGUCUCCCGAGUAUAUAGCAAGAAAAGUUUGUUACUUCAGAUUUUGCAUAACCCUGCUUUUGAGAUUUUUGACCAGAGUCUUGAGAUAAAUGAAGAUGAUUUGGCUGAAAAUCUCUACAAGCUUUUGAAGGGAAAGAGGUAUCUUAUAAUUUUGUAUGAUGUUUGGGACAUUAAGGCAUGGAAGUUGUUGGAGAGAUCACUACCAGAUGAUUCCAAUGGAAGCAGGAUUCUCCUCACCAGUAGAUCUCAUGAUUUGCUUUUGGAUUUUACUCUAUUUGGCAAGCCUCAUCAUCUUCGUCCACUAUCUGAUGAAGAGAGCUGGGCAUUGCUGCAGAAGAAGAUAUUUGGCAAAGAAGUUUGUCCUCCAGGGCUAGGUGAAGUUGGAUUCCGAAUUGCAAAAUCCUGCAAGGGCCUACCUCUUGCAGUUGUUCUUAUUGCUGGAAUUCUUGCUAACACUAAGCUACAUUGCACAAUCUGGGAAAAGUUUGCAGAGAGUCUAAUUUCUAGCAUUGCCAAGACUGAAGAAUGCAUGAAUACACUUGAGCAGAGUUACAGGCAAUUACCAGAAUAUUUGAAGCCAUGCCUUCUUUAUUUCAGUGCAUUCCAAGAAGACCAAGACAUUCCUGUUCGAAGAUUGUUAUGGCUUUGGAUCUAUGAAGGGUUUGUCCAAAAGACUGAAGAAAAGAGCUUAGAGGACGUGGCAGAAGACUAUUUGAUGGAUCUGAUUGGUAGAAGUUUAGUUAUGGUUACCAAACAAAGAAGCAUAGGUGGUGCCAAAACUUGUCGUCUUCAUGAUUUGGUACGUGAGUUUUGUUUGGAAAAAGCCAAAGAAGAAAGUUUUCUACAGAUAUUAAAUGGGGGUAACGACCUCUCUACUUUUACUGGACCCUGCCCCCAUCGUCUGUGUAUUUACUUGACGAAGGCAGAGGAGCUUGAGAGGUCAAGGAUGCUUUUUCCCAGAUUACGCUGUUUGCUCUUCUUCCUUCAUUGUGCUCAUUGGAAUUCUGUAAAGGACCCUGAUGGUUCCCUUUGGUUCAUUGCUGAUGUUGUGUUGCCAAAUACUCUCUGGAACAUUAAGACACUGAGACAUCUACAGAUAACAGGGUCCUUGCAGCUUGGUUUUAGUUUACCCAUUGGUGACAUUGAUGUAUCCGAAAAUCUAUAUCAUUUAGACACUUUUUGCUGUGCACUUGACUGCUCUGAUGAAAGAUUGCAAAAGAUACUGAAAAAGUUACCAAGCAUCCGCAGGCUAAAAUGUGUGGGACUAAAAUAUCCUGGAUAUGUUCUGAAGCUGGACAGUUUAAGCCGACUAGAAUCACUUAAGCUGCAUUACUUUUUCCGCUGCAAGUUUGAACUGCCAAUUAAUUUGAAAAAGCUGAUUCUCUCAUAUAAUCGUCAGCCGUGGAGUGAAAUUUCAACAAUAGGAAAGCUGUCCAAUCUUGAAGUGCUUAAAUUGGGAUGUAACUCUUUUGUGGGGGAAAAAUGGGAAAUGCAAGAAGGGGAGUUCCCUAACCUACGGUUCUUGAAACUCUCACGGUUGGACAUUCGCUCUUGGACUGCCGUUUCUGAUAAUUUUUCCCGUCUUGAGAAAUUGGUUUUGCAUGGUUGUGUGGAGCUGCAAGAGGUCCCUUCUUGUUUGGAGGAAAGUUCUACUAUUAAAACGAUUGAGGUGCAAUUUGGUCGCAAGUCACUUAUAAGUUCUGUAAAGCAAAUUCAGCAAGAACAGAUGGACUUGGGAUACUCUGAUCUAAAAAUCAGGAUUCAAGUGAAGAGAAAUGCUGGGGGUGGUGGUGAUGCUGCUGUGGGUGCAAGGACUGCUGCUUCUCCUCGUGCUCGCUCUCCUGCAAGGGGGAAUGUUAAAGUUUUGAAUGAGAGCCAGAAUCAGAACCAGCAACAACCGAUGUCACUCAGUCGAAGCAAUUCCAGGAAGGCAGAACAUUCUCCAUACAGGAGAAAUCCCUCGAGUGAGAUUGACACAAAUGUGGUUGCUGAAAAUAUGUCUUUGCCUGGUAGCAAGGCCCCUAAUAGUAUCAUCACCCAGGCACCCAUUCAGAAGCCAAAUUCUGAUUACACAACGAACAAUAAAUUUGCAGUCCAAGGGGCUGAGAACAAAAUUAGCAGCAGUAAAGGUAUUGCAGACCACAGUGCGACCAAUCUGAACUUAAAAAAUAAGGAGCAGCAGCAUCUGAUAUCUGAAGUGGCCAAGGCUCCGCAAGCAAUCACCACCACCCCCAGCAUUUCUCUUCACCUGAAUCCUCUAUUUUCUCACUACUCAAAGUUUAAUGUUGUUGCAAGUCUUGAUUCUCUGUUUUACUACCCAGAAAAGGCUGAGUUUGCCAAUUAUACCUUUUGUAAACUCGAAUUCUUGCCUUUACCUGCAGAAAAAGAUGCCCUGAUCUCUUGCCUUUACCUCUUUAUACCUAAAGGAGCAGAAGAAUGGGAAGAGGAUUAG